AUGGCAGAUCCCGCCGCCCUCUCGCUGCAAGUCGGAGUCCUUAUCACAAACUUGAUAGAGUACGGCCAUGAGGUCAAAGGCGCACAAGAUCAGAUCACGAGUCUUUGUCGAGAGCUAUCGGCACUGAGAGGUGUGCUUGAAGAUAUCAAGGCUCAAAGAUCAAAAAAGCAUGCCGACAAUGGAAUUUCGGACUGUCUGGCCACUGCGAGACUCAUAAUUGAUGACCUACUGCAUCGCAUGCAACCUGCGGGAUCGAGGUUCCAGCGUGGUAAGCAGUCAUGGCUAUGGCCAUUCAAGCAGAAAGAGAUCGAGCAGGUCCUGGCCAGACUCGGGCGAAUCAAUACCUCCAUCAUCAUGAUCAUGAUGGGGGCCCAGCAGUCUGUCGCUUUGGACAUGCAAGUGCUGAAGGAUGAAUUGCGAAGCGUUUCUGGCAUGAUUUCUGCGGAGCUCUAUUCACAAAAGCAGAAGGAGAUUAUUAGCUUUCUCGCUCCAGUCUCCCCGAAAGUCCCUCAUGAUGAAGCCUGCAGCAUUUGGGAAGGCACGCACUCAGGCACUUGGUUUGUCGAUAUUCUACAACCAUGGCUGGACACGCCUUAUCCACAGAAGAGCAUAAUGGUACUUCAUGGAAGUUCUGGUGCAGGCAAGACGACUGUCAUCUCGAAAGCCAUUGAAUACAUCACAGUUACAGUGAAGACGGUAAAGCUCGGCUACUUUUACUGCAGGUUCAAUGACGAGGCUACACAGAACGUGCGAAAUAUUCUUGGCUCGUGGAUAGCUCAAAUCGCAGCUUACCGGCCGUCUGUGCUUGAUAGAUUCUCCGAAGCAGUGUCAAGUAAGGAGAGACUUUCGACUGCUUGGUGGGAAGACGCUCUCGUACAGGUAGCUGAGGAGCUGGGUCCAGUCAUCUUGGUUUUGGAUGCCGUAAAUGAGAGCAAAGACGAUGAUGCGGUCAGAAGCUGCCUGAUGCGGCUCGCAACGCGUUGUCAAGAGAUCCGCUUUGUGAUAUCAUCGACACCGUUUGCUGAAGAAGUUUUCUCAAGCAAGUGCCUUGGAGUUCCCAUGGAUUCAAACGAAGUGGAUGACGACAUUGAGCAAUACGUCAGGCGAACGGUGCGCCGCAGUCCUAUACUUGUGCAGACUGGAGAAGCUGACAUUGUCGCGGUGAUUGUGCCUCAAGCUAGAGGUAUGUUCCGAUGGGCCGAGUGCCAGAUGAAUCUUUUAUCGGGGUGCCUCACCGCCAAGAUGGUCAAGAAGUCAUUAGCGCAUUUGCCUGGAUCUCUGGACUCCACCUAUAUAGAUAUUCUAAAGAGGAUACCGUCGGCGACCAGGCCUUGGGUUCGCGAGGUAUUGAUGUGGCUCAGCUAUGCCUACCGACCUUUAACGCUCGUCGAACUUGCGGAAGCUGUCGUGAUAGAGCCUAGCCAGUCCUCAAUCGACGAUAGCUGCAGGAUACAGCCUCCAGAGAUGAUCCUUCGAUUGUGCAAGGGACUGGUCACUCAUAAUACCACCAUGCACACGGUAUCACUAGCUCAUAGCUCUGUCAGAGCGACGCUAGAGUCAGAGACACUUCGAACAUCUGAAGUGGCAGAGUUCUGGUUGAGCCGAAAUGACUGCACGCCAGGCAUCAUCACGAAGUCACUCACAUACCUGCUCAUGGAUGAUUUCAAUCUGGAGGUCUGCGACUGUGAGCAAAUGGAGCUGGAGCUUUGUCACUGCUUCGAUACGUAUCCAUUCCUGGAUUACGCAGGCACAAUGUGGGCUGUCCAUGCCAGUAUGUAUAUCCGCAGUGGAGCGACCCUUCGCGAAGCACAAAUACGACACAUUUUUGCUCUUCUUGGCACUUCGGCGGGCGCAGACAAAAAGCCUCACUUUGCCCUCUGGAUUCGGAUUAUCGUUGAGGGUCUCACAGAGGCGAUUCAGAACGCCACGCCACUCUAUUAUGCAGCAUCUUUUGGCUUGGAGCCGAUAGUAGAGAUUAUGCUCAGUCAGGGCCUGGUGGACUUCAACAACGCCAGGAACCCCUCCUAUAUCGACUGGAAGAGUGGAAGAAACGAUUGCACUCCAUUGGGAGUAGCGGUUUUUCGUGGUCACAUCGGCGUUGUUCAGCUACUGUUAUGCCGUGGUGCGAAUCCAAAUGCAACAGAUGCCUUUGGCAACAGCUGUUUGAAUUACGCUGUCCUGGAUGGCGAUCAAGAUAUGAUAGCGCUUCUACGAAGACAUGGCGCAGAAGGGCCGACAGAUGCGACCGUGGUUACCGGACUGAUGGCAAGCCGAGGAUACGAGCUAGGAUGGUGGCAGAUUCCCUUCGGGAAUUUGCCACCAUAG